AUGGACCCUCCCAAUACAUUCCCAAUCCUCCGUCUACCGUUUCUUGUCAUCGAAGAAGUUUUCAAAGCAAUGGAUCCAAUCGAAAUAAUCAACUUCUCAAUGAUUUCCAAACGGACAAAAGGAAUAGCAAUACAUAUGAGCUUCUAUCCAAAAUAUAAACUCGAACUUUAUAUACAUGAAAGGCUGGAAAUAAGGCUUCAUGGAACGAAUGAUGUGGUCUCAUGCUUUUAUGUAAUGACAUCAAACGAAUACAUGGAUGGAAAGAUUAUGGAGAAAUCAUUUGGUCGAUACAUUACUCGGAGGGUAUUCAAGUAUGAUCCGGUUGAUGAAUGGAAACACUUGUUCAAAUAUGUCAGGGAGUUAUUUAAGAAGCAGGCGAUCGACGUUUUAACGAUGACUUUGACCGGAUUCGUACACCAAAAGAUAUCGAUUAUUGAUUUUUUGAAAGCAAAUGAGAUAUCAGUAGACGAAUGCAAUCUAUACCAAAGGGAUAAACAGAUCAAUGUAGAUAAGCACACCGCGUAUCUCCUGGACAAAAUAAAAAUUAUUUCUGAGUUAGGUCUCGAUGUAUACAAUAACGACGACUUCAAUGGAAACAUUCCAAAAAAUCUGCAAGAGUUGCGUAUUUACAAUUCAAAAUGGGUUGGAUAUGAGAGACUGUUGAAAAUAGACUGUAAAAGUGUGAUCCUUGAGAAGAAUCGAAUCUCGGAUAAACAAUGGAAUUCGUUCAUCAAGAAAUGGAUGACAAUGGAUACAAAUCAAAACUUGGAACACUUGAAACUCGAUUAUAGAGAAAUCGACAAAUUCAGAGCACUUGUAUUGUAUGACAUACCACAUGAAGUGGUGGAUGGAGCAGUUAAACGAAUCUUGAAAACCAGACGCAAUGAAACUGAAGAGAUAUCCGGAGGAAUCGACAUCAGACGAAUCGAUGGAAAGACUGCCACGUUCUUCGCGCACCGUGCGUUUGAAAUUGAAUAUUUUGCGAUGUGUAUUCAUUAA